AUGUCUUCAACUUCUUCUGCUAAUCUGAAUAAUCGCGUUAAAGGAUCUAGUAAUACAAAGCCAUCUUCAAAUCCUGGAUCAACUUCCUCUACUCCCGGAUAUCCUAAACCAAUUGGUACAACUUCUGCCGGUGCUUCUUUCACCCCCCACAGUUCGAAUAAAAGGCAAAGAUCUAAACAUGCUGAUGAUAAUAUUGAUUUGCUGUCUACAAGAACACAUUUACCAGUCUUAUAUGGUUCUCGUCAACGCUCACAUGUAGCUAAUGCAUCCAGUGAUGCUGCUAGUCAUUCAAAGAAGGGUCCAAAUCAUAUUGUGAGAAUUUUUAAAGAAGACAAUACAUUUACUACCAUACUUUGUCCAUUAGAAACAACGACAGCCGACUUAUUAACAAUUGUACAAAGAAAAUUUUUCUUAGAAAGUACUUCAAAUUAUCAAAUCACCGUUUAUAUUGGUAAUUGUGUUAAAGUUUUAGAACCUUUUGAAAAACCUCUCAAGAUCCAAAUGGGUUUGUUAAUGUUAAGUGGGUACGUCGAGAAAGAUAACUUAAAAAUCAUCGGCCGUGAAGAUUUAUCCUUCAUUUGUAAAUUUGUCGUUGAAAAUAUCAUGUUAAGAUCUUUAACUCACGAGGAAGAAACCAUUUUAUCAAAGGACUACGUCGAUGUCAAUAUAAGCAGUUUAAAUUUGAAAAAUAUUCCAAUCAUCUUCCAUCAACAUACUUAUGAAAUUGAACGUCUUGUCGUUUCUGAUAAUCCUUCAAUUUAUAUUCCUUUAGAUUUUAUACAAUCUUGUAAUAAUUUAACAAGUAUUGUUUUCGCUCACAAUGGUUGCUCCAGAUUUCCAACUAAUUUCCUUGAAGCAAGAAAAUUAACUCAUCUAGAUUUGGAACAGAACUUUUUGGAUGAAUUACCUUCUAAAUUUAGUCAUUUGAAAAAUUUGAGCCAUUUGAAACUAAAUUCGAAUCAAUUGUCUACUUUACCUAAAUCUUUUGGUAAAUUAGCAAACUUAACCGUUUUGAAUCUCUCCUCCAACUAUUUCAAUCAUUAUCCGGAAGCAAUCAGUGAAUUAAGGAAUUUGAAAGAUUUGGAUUUAUCUUAUAAUGAUCUCUCCGUGAUUCCACCUUCUAUUGGAAAAUUGAGCAAAUUAUCGAAAUUGAACCUUUGCACUAAUAAAUUGAGUAAAUCUUUACCUUCAUGUUUUACAAACUUGGUUUCUUUGAAGAGAUUGGAUAUUCGUUAUAAUAAGAUUUCGAAUGUUGAUGUUUUAGGAUCGUUACCAAACUUAGAAGUAACUUAUGCUUCUAAGAAUAAUAUUUCUGCUUUUAGUGAUAAAAUGGAAAGUUUGAGAUUAUUACACUUUGAUAGAAAUCCUAUAACUAAUUUAGAAUUUCAAAAUUUAUUGCCCCUUUUAACAGUUUUAGAUUUAUCCAAGGCCAAAUUGACUUCUAUUCCGGCUGAAUUCAUUUCUAAGAUCCCUCAUAUUGAAAAAUUAGUUUUAGAUAAAAAUCAUUUGGUAAACUUACCUGACGAAUUGGGUAAUUUAAAUAAGUUAACAUCUUUAUCACUUUUUGGUAAUAACCUUCAAGUACUUCCUUCCACUAUUGGUAAAUUAACUUCUUUGCAAUUUUUAGAUUUACAUUCAAAUAAUUUACAAUUGUUACCAGAUGACAUUUGGAACUUGAAAUCAUUGUCGGUCUUAAACGUUUCUUCAAAUAUUUUAACUUCAUUUCCAAAACCUCCAUUAUCAGUGGCUAAAAGGAUAUCCUCCUCUGCUAACUUUAGAAGUUUGGCUAUGGAAAAGGCUAGUAGAGAAUCUCAUUCUCCAGAACGCUCGUUUUCUUUAUCUGAUAGCUUGUUGGUUUUAACUUUGGCAGAUAAUAGAUUAACCGAUGAAUGCUUCGAGUCAAUUUCUAUUUUGGUUGGUUUGAAAUCUCUUAAUUUGUCAUAUAAUGAUAUCUUAGAAAUUCCAGAGGGUGCCUUGAGAAGAUUAACCCGAUUAACCGAAUUAUAUCUUUCGGGUAAUGAAUUAACCAACUUACCAGCAGAUGAUAUUGAAAACAUCAAGGCCUUGAAAUUGUUAUUUUUGAAUAAUAACAAAAUGGUUGCAUUACCGGCAGAAUUAAGUAAGUUGGUCAACUUACAGCAUUUAGAUGUUGGGUCUAAUCAGUUGAAGUAUAAUAUUUCAAAUUGGCCAUACGAUUGGAAUUGGCAUUGGAAUCAGAAACUUAGAUACCUCAAUUUCUCGGGUAACAAAAGAUUUGAAAUCAAACAAAGCCAUAUCAAGAAUCCUGACACCGGAGAAGAUUACGACAGUCUUUUAGUAUUGAAGGAAUUGAAAGUCCUAGGUUUAAUUGAUGUCACCUUAACAACUACAUCAGUUCCUGAUCAAAAUGUUGAUAUGCGUAUUCGCACGACUGCUUCUGAAUUAGAAACAAUUGGAUAUGGGGUUUCAGAUUCAAUGGGAAUGAGAGAUGUCGUAUCCAGUAGAGAUAUUUUCAUCCAAAAGUUCAGAGGUAACGAAAAUGAAGUACUUAUUUGCUCCUUUGACGGUAAAUCAGGAGCCCCUCAUAAAAGUCAUAGGAUAUCUCAUCUUGCUAAGAGUCUUUUGGUUCCUUCUUUCACAAAUGAGUUGAACAGAUUAGGUUCGAAUGAAGAUGUUCACGAUGCUAUAAGAAGAACAUUCCUUACUUUGAAUAAAGAAAUCAAUAGUAUCCUUGCAUCUCAAAAGACUAAUAAUUAUACUCCACCCUCUGCUAAUCCUGAUUUGGCUUCCUUAAAUCUUAUCGAUGAUGCGAAAGCUGGUUGUUCUGUGGCUAUCAUUUAUAUAAAAGACAAGCGCUUAUAUACUGCAAAUAUUGGUGAUAUUGAAGCGCUUUUGUCGAAGAAUAAUGGUGAUUAUACAUUACUUACACAGAAACAUGACCCUACUAAUAGACCUGAAUUCGAGAGAAUCAGAGCUUCUGGUGGUUACGUUUCAGGAGAUGGUGCUUUGGACGGUAUACUACCAGUGUCGCGUGGUGUAGGUUUCUUCCAGUAUUUGCCUCAUACUCAUUCUGGUCCUGACAUCAAAGACAUUGAACUAACUGCAGCUGAUGAUAUGAUCAUUUUGGCUUCAAAAGUAUUCUGGGACUAUGUAUCCUAUGACUUGGCAGUGGAUAUUUUGAGACAAGAAAAGGACGAUCCAAUGAUUGCCGCCCAAAAAUUGAGAGAUUAUGCAAUUUGUUAUGGUGCCACUGAUAAGAUUGCAGUGAUGGUAAUUACAUUAGGACAGCAGAAGUCUAAAAAAUUCGGGUCGAAUUCCUUAUAUCAUAACUUGGGUCGUGAAAACGAUCUAUUCACCAACAAAAAGAGAAGAGAUAGAGCAAUUCAGCCAGGUGACUUAGCAUUAAGAAGAUUGGAAGAUGAAAUUGAACCACCGGUUGGCGAUUUGGCAUUGGUUUUCACAGAUAUCAAGAAUUCGACCUUGUUAUGGGAUACUUAUCCAGUUGCCAUGAGAUCUGCGAUUAAACUCCAUAAUACUAUAAUGCGCCGUCAAUUAAGAAUUGUCGGUGGUUAUGAAGUAAAGACCGAAGGUGAUGCUUUCAUGGUUUCUUUCCCUUCCCCAACUUCAGCUCUUUUAUGGUGUUUUAAUGUUCAACAUCAAUUAUUAACGGAAGAUUGGCCAACAGAAAUUUUAGAGACCGACCAGUGCUGUGAAGUCACAGAUGGAAAAGGUAAUGUUAUCUUCAGAGGUUUAUCAGUGAGAAUGGGGGUCCAUUGGGGUUCUCCAGUAUGUGAACUUGAUAUGGUCACUAGACGUAUGGAUUAUUUUGGUCCAAUGGUCAACAGAGCUUCAAGAGUGAGUGCAAUUGCAGAUGGAGGUCAAAUUGCUAUGAGUUCUGACUUCUGCGAUGAAAUAAAGAAUUUAUACGAGAUUCAUGAAAAAAUUGAAGGAGGUAAAACAACCAUUAGCGAAGCCUACCAAGGUAAUGUUCUUGCGGGUGAGAUCAUAGAACGAGAAAUACACUCACUAGAAGAGAAUGGAUGUAGCUACUUCGAAUUGGGAGAAAAGAAAUUGAAGGGUCUUGAAACUCCAGAGCUUGUUACUUUAGUUUUUCCCAAGAAAUUAGAAGUUAGAUUCGAAAUUUUCCAGCAACGUUUGUCUAAGGAUGAAGACAUCGGAUCUGCUAGUCGAGUGGUAGGUGCGUUACCUGUACAAAGUAUCUACGGUUUGAGAACUGUUUCCUUGAAAUUGGAAAAUCUCUGUUCAUCAAUGAGCGGUGGUUACCACGUUAAUGAAGGCUUUCAAAAAAAUUCAUCAGGUAUUAUUUCUGAAAAAAUCAACACUGACUUUAAAGAGUCAGAUCUUAUUAGUCUCUUCAACCAUAUUGUCACAAGAAUUGAAAAUUGUGUUGUCAUACUCGAGCUUAGACAAAGAUUGAAUGAAGCCAAUGGCCACAAGGGAAAAAUCGACUUUGUGGGUACGAAGAAUAUCAUGGCUGUCUUACAGGAAUUUAGCAAUAUCAUGAAUGAAAAUGCUAGUUUAAAGGCUGCAAUGGAGUCUCGUAAACAAUCUGGUUAUGUUGAAGAACUCUAG